AUGACCAGACCAGACUUAGCAUUUGCAGUUCAAGUCCUAAGCCAAUAUAUGCACACACCUAAACAGUCUCAUUGGGAGGCAGCACUCAGAGUAGUGAAGUAUGUCAAAGAAGCACCAGGUCUUGGACUGUUGAUGCCAUCAGGAAUCACAAAUGAACUAGUUGCAUAUUGUGACUCUGAUUGGGGUGGAUGCUUGGAGUCCAGGAGAUCAGUAACUGGAUAUCUAGUAAAGUUGGUAAAGCUGCCAUUCAGAUUGCAGCUAAUCCCAUCUUUCAUGAAAGAACAAAGACACAUUGACAUUGAUUGUCAUUUUGUAAGAGAAAAAAUUGCUCAAGGAAUGCUGAAGACUGAACAUAUACACACAAAGGAGCAGCUAACAGACCUGUUCACUAAGAGUCUUGGAAGAGCUCAGCAUCAAUAUCUGCUAGGAAAAUUAGGACUCAAGAACCUGUUUCAACCAUCAACUUGA